AUGCCAUCAGCCGCUAAGCCAACUCUCCUACACAUCGGAGAUCCGAUCAAGCACAACCCAAAGACAUAUGAGCGCUUGAGCGAGAAUUUUGACAUUAUUCGGCCCAGUGCCGAAGAGCGUCAACGACCAGCUUUUAUCCAAGCUCUGAAAGAAAAGCGAUGGGGUGACUUUCAGGGUAUAUUCCGGCCAUUCUGGAACACCGGCGGCGAGAUGGGUCGUUGGGACAGAGAGCUCGUACCACUACUCCCAGCGUCGGUGAGGAUUUUCGCGAGUGCCGGCGCGGGAUAUGACUGGGCGGACGUUGACGUUCUGGCAGAGCACGGCAUCCUAUAUUGCAACGGUGCAGCCGCUUCUUCAGAGGCGGUGGCCGACAUGGCAAUUUUUCAUAUCCUCUCGGUCUUCAGAAACUUGACCUGGUCGCAUUUGGCAGCAAGAUCUGGGAAUGCUGAUCAGUGGCUCGAGGCUCACAAGUAUGCGACAAUGACAGCACACAACCCGAGCGGAUAUAUCCUUGGUGUGAUUGGUCUCGGCAACAUUGGACUCAGAAUUGCACAGAAGGCCUAUCAGGCUUUUGGCAUGCAGAUUUAUUACCACGACAUUGUGAAGAAAUCGGAUGAUAUUGAGAAGUCAAUUGGAGCAACGUAUGCGGCCACACUCGAUGAACUCCUGGCAAAGGCAGACUGCAUUGUGUUGGCCACACCAUUUGGCGGGAAGAAGCUCAUUAAUGCAGAGACUCUGGCGAAAUUCAAGCCUGGCUCACGCUUCGUGAAUAUUGCCCGGGGUACACUGGUGGACGAAGAAGCUCUGGUGGAGGCAUUGAAAUCCGAGCACCUGUUUGCAGCAGGCUUAGACGUCUUCGAGAACGAACCUCAUGUUCACCCCGAGUUGACCAAGCUUCGACAAGUUACGCUGACCUGCCACAACGCUGGAGGUGCCAUCGAGACGAACUGGGGAUUCGAGAGACUGUCGAUGGAGAACUGCGAGGAAUACUUGUUACGUGGGAAGCCGAUAACUCCUGUAAACUUGCACCUUAUGAAGAAAGGAUAA